AGAAACUAAAGUCAGCGGGUCGAGCGGAGAGAGUUGACCCGCAGGAGGAGCGAGGAGAGGCGGCCACGACCUGCGUCUGCACCGGGGUCACGUUGUGAGGAUCUGGUUCUCUCAAACUUAUUCAUGGAGAUUUAAACUCUUCGUCGCCGUCACAAUGCGGACUCACUCCGGUUCAUCCAACUCGCUCACCGGCCCCUGGGCUCCGGGUCCCCGCGCCGCUGCUGCCGCCGCGGUCACCUGUCUGCUGGCGGCCGGGAUGCUCGUCGUCACAGUCGGACACGCGAGCAGCGGAGAGCCGGGGGCACCUCCGGCGGCUGCUGCUGCAGCUGCUGUUGCAGCGGAGAACGGGAGGGCUUUCUCGGCGUAUUUCAGUAAACUCACCCGGGAGAGGAGAGCAAUAAGCGGGCACCAGAGGAAGAGCGUGACCCCCGGGCCGGUGGAGCCUCUGACCCCCGCUGACCUCUUCAUAGCGGUGAAGACAACCGGGAGGUAUCACCGGCAGAGGCUGGAGCUGCUGCUGGAAACCUGGAUCUCCACACACAUGCAACAGACGUACGUGUUCACUGACGGAGAGGACGAGGGGCUGAGGAAGAGAAUGGGAUCUCACCUGAUCAACACCAACUGCUCAGCGGCCCACAGUCGUCAGGCUCUCUCCUGUAAAAUGGCUCUGGAGUACGACGCUUUUAUUAACUCUGGAAAGAAGUGGUUCUGUCACGUCGACGAUGAUAACUACGUGAACGUCGGCUCCCUCCUGAAACUCUUGUCACAGUUCAGUCACACGGAGGACGUGUACAUCGGCCGGCCCAGCCUCGAACGACCCAUAGAGGCCACGGAGAGACUCGGCACGGCUGAGAUGAAGACGGUGCGUUUCUGGUUCGCCACAGGAGGAGCAGGGUUCUGUCUGAGUCGGGCCCUCGCUCUCAAGAUGAAACCCUGGGCAAGUGAGGGCACUUUCAUGUCGACCGCCGAGCACAUUCGCCUCCCUGACGACUGCACUGUUGGUUACAUCGUGGAAGCGCUGCUCGGCGUGAGCCUCAUCCGCUCGGCUUUGUUCCACUCCCACCUGGAGAACCUGGGACUGGUGUCAGACAUACACAACCAGGUGACUCUCAGCUACGGCACAGUGGAAAACAACAGAAACACUGUGAAUGUGAAAGGACCUUUUUCAGUUAGUGAAGACCCUACAAGGUUCAGGUCUGUCCAUUGUCUGUUGUACCCAGACACUACUUGGUGCCCCGGCCCCUGGCGACUCCCACAGCCGCCGUCCAGAGAUGGAGAGAUGAACUGACGCGGGGGCGGGGGGGUAUGAGUCUGGGAACAAAAAAAAGAUAAAGAGAAGAGAAGUCCCUCUGCUCCUCUGAAUCCUGAAGAAUCUCAUGUCCCACGGCAGCCUGAGUGCUGAAUUACUUUGACCCCGUGACUUCGACCCUGUGAAUAGCGACCCGGUGUUUCCUAAGUGUUUCUCCUCUGAACGAUGCACAUCUCAGCUCCAGAUGUCGAGCUACAACCUGUCACCUCAUCUUUCGCUCUAAUCUCCACGUUCAGCUUCAGUUCUUCUCGUCUUCUCGGUCUCAGCUCUCGUUUGUCGCCUUCAGCUGAACUUGGCUCAGCUGUGCAUUUAGCUCGAAGCUGAUGCUAUCAGCGCUCGGUGUCCGAUACACUCUGGGUUCACUUCACCCGGAUUUGUGCUCGUCAUCCGAAAGCUAACGGAUAUGGAGGAAACUGGAGAUGGAGAGAUUUCAACAAUGGUGGAACUUUUUGAGGAGAGACAACAGGCAUCUGGGGUUAUGAUGCUACUUCCAUCGUGCGAAUGGACAAACUGCUGCUUUUGCUUAAUCAUCUCCGCAGUCGCAAUGUUCUCAACUCUGCCCUCUAGUGGAUUUAUUCCUUAACAACCACAACCAAUGUAAAGCAUGUGGGCAGUGACAGUUACUUUGUUAAAACAUUUUAAUAGAAACUAAACAACCAAGAUUUAACUGGAUGUGUGAUUCUGGAGCAGCAGACAAACUUCGACGGACAUCCUCCUCUCCGGAGUCGAGAGGAACUAUACUUUCCCUUCUGGCUUCUCUUUCUUUUUCCACAAUGGCUCCUCUUAAAGAUCAGUUUGGCCUCACACCCCCGAACUUUCCCAGUGCCCCCUCUCCUCUCCACCUCCUCAGCUAAGACGCAUUGUUCUUUUGUGUUGAUAAGAUGGGAUUCACUACGUGUGAGCAGAUGCACUGGAGCGAUCGAACGCAGAAGAAAAGAAAAAUGAACGAUUUCAUCAUUUUUAGCAAAAUGAGGCAAAAGAAAAAGACAUUUUGAUGAUCCAGACUCCUUCAUGUGAAGUUUUAUCUCCUCAGUGUUCAGUGUUAUCUCUAUGAAUUGUGUUAUCAUGACUGAGCACUUUGCUGUUUUAAUUCUGCUGCUUGCAAUUCAUCAUUUGAUAAAAGGAACAUUCACAGGAACGGUUUGACAUUUUUAUAAAUGCUGCUCACUCGCUUUCUCGCAAGGAAAUGAUUGUUAGUAAAGAUGCACGACGUGUCUCCAUCUCAUCCCACUGAAGCUAAAGUGAAGCUAAAGUAUGGAGCAUCAAAUAAAUAAAUAAAACUAAACUUACCAGAAACAUCAAAACUUAAACAAACAUCAGUGUGUUUAAAAACUACCUAAAAACAUUUAUAGAAAAUUAUAUUUAAUGUGCACUUUGACUUUUUAGUUUGGUCCAUGUCCCAUCCACUAACAGGGAGGAGGCUGGGUUUAUGAGCUAUACUGGAGCCAGCCACCAGGGGCUAUAGAUGUUUUGGCUUCACUUAAUUCAAUGUCAUGUCGUCCAUCUUUAUAUAAUGUUUGUAAUAUUUCAACAUCAUGCUCGCAACAUUUUUUUUCAAAAAUGUCAAACUAUUCCUUUAACUCCUCGGUGUGGACUAUCAAGGCCUCUGUUACGAACUAGUGUUCAAAAAAACAUGGACACCACUGUUCUUCAUCCUUUGAAACAGGUGGAGUCUGA